AUGACUACAUCAGAAGUUAAUAAUUUACCCAAUGACAAGCGUCACACUACAAGAAAUAGAUUUGGAUGGGUGAAACGAUUAAUGCAGGGUCAGAACAAAACACAAUCAAUAACGAUAGUCGAACCCAAUCAUCCUCGUCAACAAUUACAAACAUCAUCUGCACAACAACAACAACAACAGCAACAACAGCAACAACAGAACCAAGAACAGAACGAACAGAGGCUGCUUCAUAACUAUCAAGGUAAUUCCAAAGGCACACGACUGGAUAAUGGAAAAAUACGAGACAGAGCUAAUAGUGAACUGUCUACAGCUACCGAAGAUGAGAAUCUUGAUUUAACAAUACGAGAAGUUGUUAGUAAUGGAAGUUCAAGAGAUGGGAAUAAUGAUCAACAUAGUGAUAAUUUGAGUACAAUUCCAUUAAAGUCAAUUGUAUCUCGACAAUCUACCAAGUCCCCUUCCAUAUUGAGUGAAUCACAUCAUGAUCAACAAUCAAUGGACACUUCCACUGCCGAAACUUCAUUAGCUCCAAGUGUCCAAACUCCUCCUCAUUAUACGUUUGUUCCAGGUAAUACAACAACAACAAAUGCCCAUCCUAACCUGCUUUUGACAACUGCUUCAUUGGUACAUGAUAGAGAUAGUGAAUCUAUAGUUACAUUGGCAAGCUCUUCAAGAAGACUUAGAAGAAGAAGUAUUGAUACUUCAUCAAGUACGACUGGUAUUCCACCUGCCUCAAUAAUUGAACGACUUGGUGUACAACCAAGUAGUAGUAAUUAUGCCACCAGUAUAAGAACCAGUGAUAGAAUAAGUCAGAUUGAUAAUUCGCAUUAUGAUGAUCAAACUAGUUCUAUUCAAAGUUAUAAUUAG